AAAUCUCAUGUUGUGAAACAAAAAGUUGGGAGGAGAUGUAAUGGAAGAUUUGAAUAUGAGAGUGGAUGCAAUAAAGAUUGGGAAAAGGUGAAUGUAAGAUUAAGUAGAGAAAGAGGCGUAGUAAAUGAGUAG